GCCGCUGUAUACAUCCGUUAUUCGACAUUUACAUUUUACGAUUGCAGAAGCAGCAAUCUAUUCAUAAUUUUACCAAAAUAUACGGAAGGUAAUCAUAUGAAAUAAUUAGAAAAUUUUGCUCUACGGAUUUUGGUCAAGAAAAGUUGCUGGUUACAAGGCGAAGAUGAGUUCAACUGAAUUCAACAUUGGUAUAACUGAUAUGAAGACAUCCAGUCGUGUACUGAAACCACCAGGUGGAGGUCAUUCGGAUAUUUUUGGAUCAUCUGAGGUUAAAGUGAAUCCUCCACGACCUAAUUACAAUCAACAAAACUCUUCCAAUAUGAAUACCGUAAUGGGAACCACUGAUCCAAACACCCAAGUUCAACAAUUGAGAAACAAUCAAACAAUAGCUGGAAUGGAAACAGAUAAAGCAAGUUCCGAAGAGAGUGUUACACAGCACGCUGAUCGACCUGAACAAGAAACCCCAAUGAACGGUCGUACGCGUGUUCCGCCCGGUGGUUACUCUUCGGGCUUGUGGUGAAAUGAUGCUAUUGUGACAGAACUCGACAUAACUAUUCUUAAUUAAAUAUAUUACGUUUUUAUACGACUUUAUCUAGGUGCAUAUUUUAUGAUUUGAAAUAUUCAUACUGUUACCAAAGAAUGAA